UUCAAGAUGGCGGCGUUGUUGGCAAAUCGAGUUGCGAACUCUGCUCGGAGUCAAGUUACACCGGUAUUGAGUUUUGCUGUUGUCUGUAAGAGAGAUGGCCAUAGCCAAGCUUCACCGGGUCAAGCAGGAACAUAUCAUGAUGCUAUGGUUCCAAGAGGACGUGGUGGUAGAUCGUCGUUCAGUGGUGUUAUUGCCACUGUCUUUGGUGGUUCUACGGGAUUUGUAGGCCGAUACGUUAUCAACAGGCUAGGCCGUGAAGGUUCACAGAUUAUUGUACCAUACAGAUGUGACCCUGAUGAUAUACGACAUCUGAAAGUCAUGGGUGAUCUAGGACAGAUUAUUCCUCUUACAUUUGAUGUAAAUAGCGAUGACUCUCUUCGCGAAAUGAUGCAGCAUUCAAAUGUUGUCAUUAACCUAAUGGGAAAAGACUAUGAGACCAGAAAUUACAGAUUUGAAGACAUACAUAUUGAUAUCGCUGGUAGAGUUGCCAGUAUUGCCAGUGAGUUGAAGAUCCCAAGACUUAUUCAUCUAUCAGCUCUGGGCAGCGACUGGAAAUCACCAUCUAAAUUUUUAAGGACAAAAGCGGCCGGUGAGACAAUCGUUAAGAAUGAGUAUCCCAAUGUGACUAUAUUAAGACCUGCUCAGAUAUAUGGCAGAGAAGACAGAUAUUUUAAUGAUUAUGCUAACCAUAGAUUCUUUGGUGGUGUUCCACUCUAUCCUGGUGGUACGAAAGCUGUCAAACAACCUCUAUAUGUAAGUACAAGUUAAUAGCACUAUUAUAUUUAAUUCAAAGUUUGAGAUA